AACGGCAUCCAUCACCUCACCAUCUUGAGAGCAACAGCUACUAGCUCCUACAGAAACUACGACCGAUUGCCGAUUGGUUCCAAGCCAUAGCCAUGGCGGGGAACCACGAGAACCAUGGCCUGCUUUUGGCCGGUGCCAUCCUGCUUCUCACUCUUCUCCUCGUCGUCAAGCUCAGGCGACGCAGCAAGCAGUAUGGUGGCGUGACGCUGAACCUGCCUCCGGGGCCAUGGCAGCUGCCGGUGAUCGGCAGCAUGCACCACCUCGUGGGCGCGCUCCCGCACCGCGCCAUGCGCAACCUCGCCCUCCGGCACGGCCCGCUCAUGCUGCUCCGCAUGGGCGAGCUCCCCGUCGUUGUGGCCUCGUCGGCGGCCGCGGCGAUGGAGAUCAUGAAGACCCACGACGUCGCCUUCGCCACGCGGCCGAGGACGAACACCACUGUUUCGCUCACUGGAGACGGCCUCGGCAUCGCCCUCGCGCCGCACGGCGACCACUGGCGCCGUGUCCGCAAGCUCUGCGCCACGGAGCUUCUCGGCGCGCCGCGGGUUCGGUCGUUCCGAGGGACGCGUGAGGCCGAGGCGGCCGCCCUCGUUGCGUCCGUGGCCGUGGAGGCGGCGUCCGGAGCCGCUGUGAACGUCAGCUCCCUCGUCGCCACGUAUGUCGCCGACGCCGUAGUGCGCUCCAUGGUUGGCGACCGGAUCGCGGACCGCGAAGCCUUCCUGGCGUGCCUUUGCGAGGGUGUCAGGGUGGCCGCUGGGUUCAGUCUCGCCGACCUGUUUCCGUCGUCGCGCCUCGCGCGCGCGCUCAGCGGGACGGCGCGCCAAGUGGAGGCGACGGUCCGGGAGAUGUCCCGGCUCAUGGACGGCGUCAUCGAGGAGAAACGCGCGAGGAAGGCGGCCGGCGCCGGCUGCGAGGAAGAGGAGGACAUCUUGGACGUGCUUCUGGACGGCGGCGGCGGCGGCGCGCCUCUCGACAUCGGGACGGUCCGUGCUAUGAUGAGGGACCUCUUCGGGGCCGGGAGCGAGACCUCGGCGUCGACGUUGCAGUGGGCCAUGGCGGAGCUGGUGCGGAAACCGGCGGCGCUCCGGAGGGCGCAGGCGGAGGUGCGCAGCGCGCUCGCCGGGCAGAGCCGCGCCCGGGAGGAGGCCUUGCAGGAGCUGCCGUACCUGCGGCUGGUGAUCAAGGAGACGCUCCGGCUGCACGCGGCAGUGCCGCUGCUCCUCCCGCGGGAGUGCCGCGAGCCCAGUCGCGUCCUCGGGUACGACGUGCCCCAGGGCACCAUGGUGCUGGUCAACGCGUGGGCCAUCGGCCGGGACGCGGCGAGCUGGGGGCCGGACGCCGAGGAGUUCCGGCCGGAGAGGUUCGAGGAGGAAUCCGCGGCGGCGGUGGACUUCAGAGGGACGGACUUCCAGCUUGUGCCGUUCGGGGCGGGGCGGAGGAUGUGCCCCGGGAUCACGUUCGGGCUCGCCGUCAUGGAGGUCGCGCUGGCGAGCCUCCUCUUCCAUUUCGACUGGGAGCUCCCCGGGGGGACGGAGGAGCUGGACAUGGCGGAGGCGUUCGGGAUCACGGCGAGGAGGAAGAGCGACCUGUGGCUGCAUGCCACCGUCGUCGUGCCACCUCUGUAAGUAAAUUUGCAUGUGGAGAUCGAUCAACGUGUGGGAAAUCUGUAUGAUCGAUCUUCUAGGUUGCGGCUAUGCAAAUUUGUCUCAAAAUUCAUAGUACGAUUCGCAUCUUGUGGAAACUCCCUAUUGAAGUAGUGCUCCCUCCGUCCCCGAAAAAAUGUCGCGCGGGCAGUGUACUGGCAAUUUUGCAAAAACGCCCUCGUUCUUUCAAACAUUGACAAUUUCUGGUUCUAAACUGUCAAUUUCUCAACACUGAUGUUGAUUUCUGUACUGUCAAUUUUUUAACAUUACAGUGGAGUAUUGGCAUUAUAGAACAUUUGUGUAUGUCAGUGGAGCAUUGCCAAGUUUCUGAACAUUUGCGUACCGUCAGUUCCAUCAACAUUACAGUGGAGUGUUAAGUACUGUCAAUUUCAGUUAUAAGUGUUCUGUCAAUAUUUGUAAUGUUCACUAUGAAAUUUCAACUACAGUGGAGUAUUCUCACACUGCUAUGGAGCAUUUUCGCGAUAUUUUAAUGUGAUUUUCAUUCAAGUAUCAUAAAUUUCAGUUACCUGUCUAGUCUAUUGUCACAAUUCAGUUUACUACUAUAUCAUUCAGUUAAGUAUGACAUCCAUCCUAUUCAUUUUCAAGGAGUAACACACAUGCUAGAGUAAAUCACACAGAGCAAAGCAAAGCAAAUGGCUCCAGAGGGACGGACUUCCAGCUUGUGCCGUUCGGGGCGGGGCGGAGGAUGUGCCCCGGGAUCACGUUCGGGCUCGCCGUCAUGGAGGUCGCGCUGGCGAGCCUCCUCUUCCAUUUCGACUGGGAGCUCCCCGGGGGGACGGAGGAGCUGGACAUGGCGGAGGCGUUCGGGAUCACGGCGAGGAGGAAGAGCGACCUGUGGCUGCAUGCCACCGUCGUCGUGCCACCUCUGUAAGUAAAUUUGCAUGUGGAGAUCGAUCAACGUGUGGGAAAUCUGUAUGAUCGAUCUUCUAGGUUGCGGCUAUGCAAAUUUGUCUCAAAAUUCAUAGUACGAUUCGCAUCUUGUGGAAACUCCCUAUUGAAGUAGUGCUCCCUCCGUCCCCGAAAAAAUGUCGUGCGGGCAGUGUACUGGC